AUGGCCACUGACAAAGAACUUGAGCAAGCUGCUGCAGAGCUCAAGGCUAACAUGGACAAUGCAAAGAUUGCAAUGGAAGUGUUUCAGGACAGAGCGAGGUUUGCGACUGUAUCCGGUGUCUUAAAACCCAUCUUCCAGGUGGCUGGUAUUAUUCUGAAACUGGCUUUAGGGAAACGUGAGAGUGAGGAGCUUACAUAUAUGAAGGAGCAGUUCCAGAUAGUCAGGAACCAGCUGGAUGUCAUUUCAGAUCAGGUUAAGCAAGUGCUUUGGGAGAUAGAGAAAAGUACAAUUAAUAAUCAGUACUUCCCCAUUGAAGAGAACCUGAAAAACCAGUUCAGGAAGUACAUGGACAUCCUGAAUGCAGCACCGGAAUUCCGGGAGAAUGAGAAACAAGAGUUCCUCACACACUUUGAUGUGACUAAAGGUGACCAGAACCUUCACACUCUCUUUGAUGCAGUGAUGGGAUAUUCUGCCAUCUUUGGCAAACCCAUUCUGGAAACUGCCAUGAAAUAUGACCAGAGGAAUCGGCGUCUGAUGGAAAGUCUCUGCUCCCGUCUCAAGGAGCUCUUCUGCAUUGGCCUGAUUGCCCUGGUGGGUCACUCCACUAUCACUGGGACUGAUGUAGAGGCAUUGAAGAGAGAGUGGAAUGAGAAAAUUGCCAAAGUAGAAAAUAAAAUGAAAUCCAUGAUAGAUCAGUGCAUCAAUGAGUUUGCUGAACAGGCAGAAAUGGAUGUUGAGGCUCUUAUAAAGAACAAAGGUGAGAGAGAUAACAAGGGAUGUGCAACAUAUAUAAUUGAGGCUUUAGCAGAGAAAUAUGACUGGGUUAAAUGGUCUGUUCGAGUCUAUGACCCUGUCUCUGGCUUUGACAAUCACUGUGUCAUUGGCCCCAAUCGAUUUCACUUUUUCAGACUCAAUGGGGUUAAUGCUGUUGUCUCCUAUGCAAUUGAUCCAAAGAUUUCACUUAAUGAGGUGGAAAUCAGGCAGUUAAUGGAGGGGAAAGAUGGCUGGACUGAUGCAAGAGAGGUUGCUAAACAUGUGUACAAUAACCUUCCCUCUGGGCAUGUUGUACACACAGUGAGACGCUACAAGGACUUGUGGCUUCACAAGAACUUUCCGAACAAUUGUCAUUUCUGGGAAACGUACAGUGGAGUCACUCUGUGUGUCCACUCCACUUAAACCCCAUGCUCAAAUGCAGAGGUGGCUGGGAAACAAUUGACUUUUGAUUUUUGAAUGAGAUUUCUUAAUGUCUAUUAACAGAAUUGUAAUUUGUCAAAUAGAUUGGCUUUUGGAUCUGUUUAUUGGUAAUGCAAGAUGAAUGGGGAGUUAAAUAAAGAGAUAAAACUGAUUAAAAAUACUUGCUAAAAUUACCUAUAGCAACUCUUACUUCAGAUAUAGAUGAUCCAUUGCAUUCUAGUUCAUCCUUGGCAAAAUAAACUGGAUCUGCAUUUGUUUAAAUCUUCAAAAGUCCAACGCCAUAGUCAAGUGGUUAACUCAGGCUAUGUAAAUGUAGAGAGAAAGGGUGAAAGGAUCUUGUGUUAGGAUGUCGGGUUGAUCCAUAGGAAAAGGACAGUUUUGUUGAAACUAGCAGCUGUUUCAUCCUCAGGAUGUGAUUAAAUUUUGUCCCCGGAAGCUUCAGGACUAGUACUAUAGGUCUUAGAGCAAACCAGAACUAAUCUGGAUAUUGACAUUCAGCUUAAGUGCUAGCAUGGAUCCUGAGCCAGCAGAAUCCCAUGGCUGGAGUCUGGAUUUUUCUACAUAGAAGAUCAGUACAUUAUCUCUGAACCUGAACUUUAAGAUCUGACAGGACUCUCCACAGCAAAUAUCUGCAGAAACUGGGACUUGUCAAAUGGAUUGGAUCUUCUUGGGUUUAGAACUCUCUGGCUCAGUCAAAUUCCAACAACCAUCAAUCCAUCACAAUAAUAGCUCACUGGGUUUAUUUCAGUAAAGCUUGAAUGAUGUUCCACGCUCAGUGCUAUACAAUGGCUAUUUGACUGAUUUUAUAAACCAUACAUCUCCAAAAGCUUUUCCAGUUGUCACCCAAUCUUA